GCGGCGGAGGACCUGUCAGACAGUCGUCUGGAUCUCUGAUGUGGCAGCGCGGUGCUUGGGCACGGCAUUAUUGGGAGCGUCGAGGGCACCUCGCGGAACACGGCACCGCAUGCCAACAGUUGGGCAGGCCGGACUGUGAGAUUGCCCAGGUGUUCGCGCUGCAGUUUGUUGCAGUUUGUGCCGUGACCCACCCGUGCACAGUCCGCCCGCUGGCCGCGCCAUCCGCGAAUUUGACCAGUCUGUGCCGCUGCGACUAAUACUGCGACUGCGACUCUUUCGUCACUGCAGUCUGUACUGCGUUCCCUCGCCGCCCGCGCGACACGCAUUACUUCCCACCGCACCUGGGUGCUGCAUCUGCCAUGGCCGCCGCCCUCAGCGCCCCAAGAGGCCUCAAUGGCUCGCGCGCCGGGCGCGUCCACAUGCUGCUCGUCUGCGUCUUCCACGCCUUCGCGCCCCUGGCCAAGGCCCUCCCGCUCGCCGGUCUCGUCAGCGCACGCGCCGAUGAGGAGCUGCCCAAGUCGCCCGACGACGCGAGUCUCUGGGUCUAUCUAGGCAUUGCCGUCGCCCUCGUGCUCGCCGGCGGCGUCUUCGCGGGCCUGACCAUCGCGCUGAUGGGACAGGACGAGAUCUAUCUGCAGGUCCUGGCCACGUCGGGCGAGCCCAACGAGCGCCGUACGUCCAAGAAGGUGCUGCGCCUGCUCCAGUACGGCAAGCACUGGGUGCUCGUCACGCUGCUGCUGAGCAACGUCAUCACCAACGAAACGCUGCCCAUUGUCCUGGACAGGUCCCUGGGCGGAGGCUGGCCCGCCGUCCUCAGCUCCACCAUCCUCAUUGUCAUCUUCGGCGAAGUCGUCCCCCAGUCCAUCUGCGUCCGCUACGGCCUGCCCAUCGGCGCCUGGUGCGCGCCGCUGGUCCUUGGCCUCAUGUGGAUCAUGUCCCCCGUCGCCUGGCCCACGGCAAAGCUGCUCGACUACCUGCUCGGCGAGGACCACGGCACCACGUACAAGAAGGCCGGCCUGAAGAGCCUGGUCACGCUGCACAAGUCGCUGGGCCACGCCGACGAGCGCCUCAACGAGGACGAGGUCACCAUCAUCUCCGCUGUGCUCGACCUCAAGGCGAAGGCCGUCGGCAGCAUCAUGACCCCUAUGAAGGACGUCUUCACCAUGCCUUCCGACACGGUCCUGGACGAGAAGAUGAUGGAGAACAUCCUGUCCGCCGGCUACUCGCGCAUUCCCAUCCACACCCCCGAUAACCCGAACGACUUCGUCGGCAUGCUCCUCGUCAAGAUGCUCAUCACCUACGACCCCGAGGAUGCUCUGCGUGUGCGCGAGUUCGCCUUGGCUACUCUCCCGGAGACGCGCCCCGAGACCAGCUGCCUGGACAUUAUCAACUUCUUUCAGGAGGGCAAGUCCCACAUGGUGCUCGUUUCCGACUUCCCCGGCGACUCCCACGGCGCCGUCGGUGUCGUCACCCUCGAGGACGUCAUCGAGGAGCUCAUUGGCGAGGAAAUCAUUGACGAGUCUGAUGUCUUUGUUGACGUCCACAAGGCCAUUCGCCGCAUGGCCCCCGCCCCGCGAACCCGUGUGCCCAAGGGUGCUGUUGUCCUGGACGGCUCCCACAAGCCGUCCGAAGCGCAAGUCAUCGGUGGCGAGACUGAUACGGAGCAGAACGGUGGCCCCCGCAAGAUGUCAAUGCCCGAGCAAAGCGACCUCCGCCCGGCUACGUUUAUGCUUCGUCGCCGCAGCACUGGCAACAAGGGGUCAUCGGACCCCCUUCGCGCCGACGACCCUGAAGUCAUGAAGCAUCUGAAGCACCUCGGCCCCUCGAAUGCUGCCAACCGCCCCAAGUCCACUCGUAUUAACACCGUCAAGAUCAAGCCCGCUCACACGAACUCUCCGGGCCCCGAAAUCCCCGCAACGAUCCCCGAGGACGCGCGUCCAGCGUCGCAGGGCAUCCUAGCGCAAGAAUCGCACGCGCCUGAAGGUGGAAUCGGCGAGGGUCUCCUCUCGUCUGCCGCCCGUGAAGCUAGCGACGGCGUGCACAGUUUGGCCGUUGGAUAUGGUACAAUGGCUACGCCUAGUGGCGACCGCAUGUCAUGGAAGUCUGGCAAGACUAGCACCAAGAACGCGGGUGAAGAUGCGAUUUCUCCGGGUGCUCAGCCAUUCCCCUCUUACGCUGAGGUUGCGGCGGAUGGUGCCAACGGCAACGACCAAGACCAGUCGCGCGGACGACGCAACUCGCACAGCACUAUUGGUUCUCUGCGCUCUGGGAGAUCUCGCUCGCCUCCUAAGAAGCGCCACACAGCCCGCAGCGGUAGCAUCUCUGAGAACGUCAUCGACGUGAACGGUGUGAAGAAGAUCGUGCUGGAGACUACAAGUUCUAGCGACUCCGAAGACAAGCUCGCAGGCAGCCACGCUGACAGUGCUCAAGAUUCGCGACAGCAGUCCGAAGAUGAAUCGCUGCACGCAAGCAAGAGUGAUAGCAAGAAGAAGAGGAAGAAGCGAGGUAAGAAGAAGAACAAGGGCGGUAACAGCAGCGAGUCGCAACCCCUACUGGGCAACCAGUAACCCCGGUUCUUCUUCGAAUCGUGUUGUUGAUGAGCAAGUUUUAGCAUUCGCAGAGAUGAGCGCGAGCGUGGGCACAACAGGUUCAAGCAGGACCGAGAACACGAGGCCUGGCGUAAGUCGGUCUGUCAUGGAACGAUUCAAAAACAGAAUUCUUCUUCGCGACGAAGCGUGUGCAGGCGGCGGGGAGGACGCAGAGCGUACCGCGUAAUGGACAUACAAAUGGGCUGGCACAUUUCGGGCUUCUUUCUAUCAAUGGGUUUUGUAUCAUAUCAAAAGUAAGCACGGCGUCGUCAGCGGUGUUACUUCCAUCUUUAAAUGCUGAGCUUCGUUUCCUGUGCCGUGUGUGUGCGGGCAAGUUCCUCGCCUGCAUUUCUACAGCCCGUGUUCUCCAUUCGAAUGAUUUUGGAUUGACUGGUAACGC